AGAUUUUGGGGUCAGCAAACCUCUGCACCCAGUGCCCCCCAUGUCAAGCAAGCGUAAACGAAUCCCCACCGCGGAGGAGAGCCAGCAGCAGUCCCAAGCUCUGGAGCUCACCCAGUCCUGGAGGGAGAUCCUGGGGCCCCCGCCGCCCGCUGGCACCACUAAGGAGGAACGCCUUCUCUGGCUGCGCUACCAUAAGAAAAAGUGGGAGCUGCAGGCCCGACAACGGCAGGAGCGCCGGAAGAAGCGGAGGCUGGCCAACGGAGAAGCAGCUCCCGGGGGCGGAGUAAUCCGGGCCGGGCCCUCCAAGGGGCUGAGCAAUUUCCUGCGCAAGACUGCGCGGAGUAUCCUCGACAUGCCGUGGCAAGUAAUCCAGGUACGGGCACCCUCACUGCCGAGGACGGCGGGCGCGUGAGCCCCGACGUUCAGCGCGGGCCGCACUGCUUAUACGCUGACCUGAUAAUCCUCUAGCUGUGUUGCACUUUGAUUCCCAGAAUCCUUUG